ACAACUGAAGAGGGAGGGAGAGAACAAAAGUCAGUGGCAGUGUAAAAGUCUUUGAAUCCCUGAGCCUGGCCUGUCAACAGGUGGCAGAGGGAGAGGCUUGUUGAGUGACACUCAGUCCUUCAGAGAGAAGAGAGAAAGAAGGUAGAGGAGAAGGUUUAAAAAAAACGUCAAGGCCAUGACCACUAGACUCCUGUGGAGGGCCUUGUGCCGGUUGGCCCUACUCUGCACCUUCUCACACUUCAGCUCUGCCGACAACCACCCAGACCCCUCAGCCCCAGAGCAGGGAGUCACCUUCAGCCACGUCUAUAAAAUCGACAUCCCAGGGAGCGCCACUUGUAAACUAGAACGCCUGCCAACACAAGACGAAGCAGGUCUGCAGACAGAGACUUCUAUGAAUGGAGAGAACGACAUGAUCUUCAGACACAACAUCAGGCUGCAGACACCCAAGUGUGACUGUGAGGUGUCUGAAAGUUUCAAGUCUUUGUUGUACAGAGUCAAUGGGCUGGAAGAAGAAGUCAACUACCUAAAGACCCAGUGUGCUCAGGGCUGUUGUGGAAGAGGUGGUGCUGCAGGUGUGGACACAAGCUGUAGUGGCCAUGGUACCUACCAACACGACACCUGCAGCUGCCUCUGUAACCCAGGAUGGGAAGGGCAAGAUUGUUCGGUUUCCUCCUGCCCAGACGAGUGCAAUGACAAUGGACGAUGUGUGGAUGGGAAGUGUGUGUGCCAUCAGGGCUACACAGGACACGACUGUAGUCAGCUGAUGUGUCCAGACAAUUGCAACGACAAGGGACACUGUGUGGAUGGAAAAUGUGUGUGUUUCCCACACUUCACCGGCGAGGACUGCAGUAUCCAGAAGUGUCCUAAUGACUGCAACGGUAAUGGCCAGUGUGUGGACGGCCAGUGCAUCUGCGAAGAAGGCUUUUAUGGGGAGGACUGCUCAUUAGUCUUUGGCCCUCAGGGUCUGCGAUUGGUCCAGGUGACUGAUGUCUCUCUCUUGGUUGAGUGGGAGUCCGUUCGUGGGGCAGAGUAUUACAUUUUGAAAUAUUAUGGAAAGGAUGAUGACAGUUCCCUGAACCAGGUUCAGAUUCCCAACACAAACACCUCCUACCUCAUCACAGGAGUGGCUCCCGGGAUCACCUACAUUGUCAAGGUGUACGCAGUCAUCAAAGAAAUCGAAAGUGAGGGAGACGAGAUUGAGGCUACCACAGAUGUCUCAGCUAUUGAUGAUAUUAGAGUUCUUGGCCAGACAGAAGUCUCUAUCCAGGUGGACUGGAAGAACCCACCAGCUGAAGUGGAUCACUUCAGGCUCACACACACUGACCCGGAAGGACAGGAAGAGGAGCUGAGUGUACAGAGGAGCCAGGAGGCGCGCACCAAACACACUAUUGUGGGUCUUUAUCCAGGAAAAGAGUACCUGAUCUCAGUGCAGGCUGUUAGAGGAACAACUGAGGGGAAACAGUCCUCUGUAACUGGUGCAACAGACAUUGAUCCUCCGAAAAAUCUUGUCACAACUGAGGUAACAGAGGACACUGCAAUGGUUUCAUGGGAUCAAACCAAGGCAGAAAUAGAAGGCUACAUGCUGACCUACACCUCUGCUGAGGGCUCCAGUUCAGAGAUCCCAGUUGGCCGUGAUAGCACCUCAUACAGGCUGAUUGGCUUGAGGCCUGGAGCUCUCCACAAUGUCUACAUCUGGGCCUUCAAGGGCGACAAAGUCAGCAGGAAGACUUCAACAGAAACUGAAACAGAGGUGGAUGCCCCUACUAACGUCUUGGCCCAAGAUGAGACAGAGUCCAGCUUCAGGGUGUCCUGGGAUCACACUCAGGCAGGAAUUGAUGGAUACAUCCUUACCUACAGCUCCUCUGAGGGCUCAAGUUAUGAAAUCCCAUUGGGGCCUGAAAGUACUUCUUAUGUGCUAACUGGCCUGAGGCCCGGGGUCCUCUACACUGUCCACAUCUGGGCUGUCAAGGGGGACAAACCCAGCCGGAAGAUCUCAACACAAGCUGAGACAGAACUGGAUGCUCCUGGUAACUUCUUAGCCCAAGAUGAGACAGAGUCCAGCUUCAGUGUGUCAUGGGAUCCAGUCCAGGCAGAAAUUGAUGGCUACAAACUAACCUACAGCUCCUCUGAGGGCUCUAGUGAGGAAAUCCCAUUGGGGCCUGACAGUACUUCUUAUAUACUAACUGGCCUGAGGCCCGGGGUCCUCUACACUGUCCACAUCUGGGUCGUCAAGGGGGACAAAGCCAGCAGGAAGAUCUCAACACAAGCUGAGACAGAACUGGAUGCUCCUGUUAACCUCUUAGCCCAAGAUGAGACAGAGUCCAGCUUCAGUGUGUCAUGGGAUCCAGUUCAGGCAGAAAUCGAUGGCUACAAACUAACCUACAGCUCCUCUGAGGGCUCUAGUGAGGAAAUCCCAUUGGGGCCUGACAGUACUUCCUAUAUGCUAACUGGCCUGAGGCCCGGGGUCCUCUACACUGUCCACAUCUGGGUCAUCAAGGGGGACAAAGCCAGCAGGAAGAUCUCAACACAAGCUGAGACAGAAUUGGAUGCUCCUGUUAACUUCUUAGCCCAAGAUGAGACAGAGUCCAGCUUCAGUGUGUCAUGGGAUCCAGUCCAGGCAGAAAUUGAUGGCUACAAACUAACCUACAGCUCCUCUGGGGGCUCUAGUGAGGAAAUCCCAUUGGGGCCUGACAGUACUUCUUAUAUGCUAACUGGCCUGAGGCCCGGGGUCCUCUAUACUGUCCACAUCUGGGUCGUCAAGGGGGACAAAGCCAGCAGGAAGAUCUCAACACAAGCUGAGACAGAACUGGAUGCUCCUGUUAACCUCUUAGCCCAAGAUGAGACAGAGUCCAGCUUCAGUGUGUCAUGGGAUCCAGUCCAGGCAGAAAUUGAUGGCUACAAACUAACCUACAGCUCCUCUGGGGGCUCUAGUGAGGAAAUCCCAUUGGGGCCUGACAGUACUUCCUAUAUGCUAACUGGCCUGAGGCCCGGGGUCCUCUACACUGUCCACAUCUGGGUCGUCAAGGGGGACAAAGCCAGCAGGAAGAUCUCAACACAAGCUGAGACAGAACUGGAUGCUCCUGUUAACCUCUUAGCCCAAGAUGAGACAGAGUCCAGCUUCAGUGUGUCAUGGGAUCCAGUCCAGGCAGAAAUUGAUGGCUACAAACUAACCUACAGCUACUCUGGGGGCUCUAGUGAGGAAAUCCCAUUGGGGCCUGACAGUACUUCCUAUAUGCUAACUGGCCUGAGGCCCGGGGUCCUCUACACUGUCCACAUCUGGGUCGUCAAGGGGGACAAAGCCAGCAGGAAGAUCUCAACACAAGCUGAGACAGAACUGGAUGCUCCUGGUAACUUCUUAGCCCAAGAUGAGACAGAGUCCAGCUUCAGUGUGUCAUGGGAUCCAGUCCAGGCAGAAAUUGAUGGCUACAAACUAACCUACAACUCCUCUGAGGGCUCAAGUGAGGAAAUCCCAUUGAGGCUUGACAGUACUUCUUACAGUCUAACUGGCCUGAGGCCCGGGGUCCUCUACAGUGUGUACAUCUGGGCAAUCAAGGGGACCAAAGCCAGCAGGAAGAUCUCAACACAGACUGAGACAGAAAUGGAUGCUCCUGCUAACCUCUUAGCUCGAGAUGAAACAGAGUCCAGCUUCAGCUUGUCCUGGGAUCCAGUCCAGGCAGAAAUUGAUGGUUACAUCCUAACCUACAGCUCCUCUGAGGGCUCUAGUGAAGAAAUCCCAGUCAAGUCUGACAGCACAUCGUACAAUCUGACUGGCCUAAGGCCUGCAGUGCUCUACACUGUCUACAUCUGGGCUUUCAAGGGAGACAGAGCCAGCAAGAAGACCUCAAUACAAGCUGAGACAGAUAUUGAUGCCCCCAAGGACCUGAAGGCUACAGAGGUGACCCUGGAGUCUGCUUAUUUAACCUGGAUUCCCACUCUGGCUGACAUUGAGGGCUACAUCCUAACCUACAGAGAUGAGGAUGGCAACAUGGAGACUGUUGAAAAGCAGAUCGGAGCCAGUGAGAGCAGUUUUGCUGUAUCAAGUCUGGAGAUGGGGAAGAGGUACAUUGUCACCAUCAUUGCCUACAGGGGCAACAAGAGGAGCAAGGUGGUGGAGACCAUCUUUAGAACAGUUGGCCUCCUGUACCCCUUCCCCAUGGACUGUGUUCAGGUCAUGAAGAAUGACAAUAAGAAGAGCGACAUCUACACCAUCUAUAUUAACAGUGACCGCUCCAAACCAAUUGAGGUCUACUGCGACAUGAACACUGAUGGAGGCGGCUGGCUGGUGCUCCAGCGCCGUACCAUUGGCAAGCUGGACUUCAUGAAACGCUGGAGACAGUACAUAGCAGGUUUUGGCAACAUGACAGACGAGUUCUGGAUUGGUCUGGAUAAGAUAUAUGACCUCACCAAUACUCCUACUCAAUAUGAGCUGCGGUUUGACUUGGGCCUGGGCUCAGAGAGGGCCUACGCUGUAUAUGACAACUUUAAGAUUGCUCCGGUCAAGCAGAAGUUCAGGCUCACUAUUGGCAAAUACAGUGGGACAGCAGGUGAUGCUAUGACCUACCACCAAGGCCGACCCUGGACUACUAUUGAUUCAGAUAAUGACAUUGCCCUGGGAAACUGUGCCCUGACCCACCGUGGUGCCUGGUGGUACAAAAACUGUCAUCUGGCCAACCUGAAUGGCAAAUGGGGAGACAACCGACACAGUAUGGGAGUGAAUUGGGAACCAUGGAAGGGCCACCUGACGUCCCUGGACUUCACAGAGAUGAAGAUCCGACCUGUGGGAGCCUUGUCCAGCAGGAAGAGGCGAUCACUGUUGGCCAGAGAGAAGAGCAGAAACAAGAACCUCAGAAAAAAAUAAAGGAGCACCUCCUUCUAAAACCACAACAGCCGUCUUCAGCCAUGUUAACCUGCCAUCACACUAAACUGGGAUAUAUCUCCUCCUUCUAGUGUAGCUUGGAUCACCUGUUUUGUUGCUCUGACCACACAAGAAUUCCCACUGAUCUACAUGUCUCUAUGUGUCUCAUGUAUGUGAGGGGGAGGGGGCGUGUCAAACAGGGAAAAGCUCAUAUGCAAUAGUAACUUAUUGUCUGUUUGUCUACAGUGAGAUUCAUCAAAAAUUCCUAGGUUUAGUGCGAUUGUGGGAAAGCGGAAAAUACAAAACUGACUUUAAAAUGAUUUCAAGUCAACAUUAUCAGUUAUAAUGAAUUUGUAAUUUUAAAAACUCCUGUUUCAUUGAUUAUGGUAGAAACCUCAUUCAUAAUUCAGGAAACAGUAGAUUUAAGUAAAGUUGGAAACUAAGAAAUCCAAUUUUCAUCCAAUUACUGCAUUAAUUUUAACUUUUUCUUUUUUAACCUCAGGGCAGCAGCCCAGGUUAUUUGUAUAAUAUUUGUCAAUUUCAUGUUCUAUGAAGAAUUUCAGUAGCAACUUUUCCUGUGUAUAUUAGUAUUGUAAUAAUAACAGAAAAAAAAAAAAUGGUAGAAAUGGUUCGUGUGUUUUUUUUUUUUUU